GAUUAGCUGUCAAUCGGGAUGAUGACGAUCAGAAUGAGAUGAGGCAAGAAAACAGAGAACAGUGUAAACUUAUCACUCAAUCAAAUCGAAUCAUCUUUUUGUUGAUAUCAUUUAGUAUGAAAUUAGAACAACAAUUAUCUAAUUCAAACGAUAAUUCGGAUAUUUAUACCAUAAGUGAAUCGCGAUUAGUGUUCAAUCCUCCAUUGAUGAUGUCGACGAUCAACAAUGAAAAUCAAGAAUUUGUUUGGUACAGACGAAAGAAACGGGACCUCGAAGCUAAAUGGACACUUCUUUUGGCCAUUUCGAUCACGAUUUCUUUGGUCUUAUCAAUAAUUCUUCUUGGAAAUUGUUUGAAAUAUGGAUCAACGAUUCUCAGUGUUUCCUCAUGGCAAUCAGCGAUUCUGAGACGGUUAAAAGGUCACAAGGUUUGGAAAGACGCUGACAAUCAAGUGAAGAUCGAUCAAGUAUGUGUGACACCCGAAUGUUCAAAAAAAGCUGAAUCAAUAUUGAAAAGUCUCAAUUUAAAGGUCUCUCCAUGUGAUGAUUUCUAUGAAUUUUCCUGUGGCAAUUGGAUCAAGGAUAAUCCCAUUCCGAGUUGGACAAAUUAUAUCUCUUUAAUUGGCCUUUUGGAGAUGAAACCGAUCGAGCAAUUAAGGACAUUACUGGAGACUGAAUCUGAUUCCAAUGAUGAUUUAAUGACUAAUAUCACGAGAUCGUAUUACAAAAUGUGUAUGAAUACUGAAAUUAUCUCUCAAACAAGCGACUCAAAUAUCCAUAAAAUUAUUGAAUCAAUUGGUGACUGGCCAAUGGCUACUACAAAAGCUUGGAGUCCUGGUGAUUUUGAUUGGAUGGCAGCGACGGUUAAGCUCCGUUGGUUGGGAAUUAGUGCCGAUACUUUCAUCAGGAUUCAACCAGUUAUCGAUGUUUUUAAUAAUACAGUUUAUCGAAUAGGAAUAAAUGAGCCGAAAUUAAGUCUUAAUCGAGACCAUCUCAUCGAGAAUGGGACAGUCGCUCAACAUUAUCUGGACUUUAUGAAGAAAACCGCGGCCGUUUAUGGAGGAAUAGAAGGAAUAAUCGAACAUGAUGCUCUGGCAGUUCUUAAUUUCGAGCGUGAAUUAGCGGCGUUAACGAUACCAGAGGAAUCUGUCCGUGAAUCUUUGAUCCUUUUCCGUGCAAUGACAGUUUCUGAUCUAAACAAUUUAGCUCCAUCGAUCCCAUGGGUCGAGUUUCUAUCUGGAAUGUUCGGUCGCGAAAUAACCGAUGAUCAGCCUUUACUGGUGAAGAACGUUGGCAAUUUUAUCACUCGAUUAGAAUCGUUGAUCGACAAAACUGAAGAAAGAGUCUUAGCGAACUUUUUAUGUUGGAGUACCGUUCGAACGUUACUCCCGUACCUUGGCCCUAAAUACGAUUCACUAGAGAAAAGUUUCUGGGAUUCGGUGUUAAAUACGAAAAAUGUUUCUCCUCGAUGGUUAAGAUGCAUCGAUGAUACUUCGAACUAUUUUGGACCGAUUCUCCAAUCGAUGUAUGGCCGAACCUAUUACUCGGAGACAGUUAAAAUUUCGGCAACAAGGUUAGCAAAUAUGAUUCAAUUAGCAUUUAAUGAGUCACUUAAUCAAAAUAAAUGGAUGGACAAUGAAACUAAAUUAAAAGCAAUCGAGAAACUUGAACAUAUCAAUGUGGUCAUCGGAUCUUCAGAUGACCAACUAAAUAGUUCAUUUGUCAAUAAAAUGUUUGAAAAGUUCGAUUUCAAUGAGAGUUCAAGUUUCCUCGAAAAUACUUUGAACAUUUCUCUUUGGUACAUUAAUAUGUUACUCGAAAGAAUCGAUCAACCAAACGGAAGAAUUGAAUGGACCAGAACUCAAAAAAUUAGCGAUACAAAUGCUUAUUACUCUGGAAAUGACAAUGCUCUGUUCAUACCAAUGGGACUACUGCUACCGGAGAUUUUUUCACCAAAUUUACCAAAUUACCUUAAUUAUGGUACAAUUGGCUAUGCAAUAGCUCAUGAGAUGACCCAUGGAUUUGAUGAUCUUGGUCGACAUUUUGAUAAAUUUGGUAAUAACAACAAUUGGUGGAGCAAUCAAAGUCUAAUUGGAUUUGAUGAUCAUGCUUCAUGUUUCAUUCAACAAUACAAUAAUUAUCGUUUAACUGAUAAAUUAAGUGUUAAUGGACAAUUAAGUUUAGGUGAAAACAUUGCUGAUAAUGGUGGAGUUCAUGUUGCUUAUCGAGCUUUUCAAUCAGCAAUUAAGUAUAUUGACAUUGAAUUAAAAAUGCCAGGACUUGAUUAUACACCUGAUCAACUAUUCUGGAUAAGUUAUGCUCAGCUCUGGUGUGAUAAUCAUUCAAAUGAAACAAUUCAAUUAGAUGCUAAUAUUGAUUCACAUGUUCCUGGUCGCUACAGGGUAAUUGGAUCCAUUAGUAAUAAUGAAGAUUUCUCUAGAUCAUUUAAAUGUCCAUUAGGAUCACCAAUGAAUCCUCAUGAAAAAUGUUACUUUUGGUAG